AUGUGCGUGCGAUCCGGCAAUGAAUGCCAAGCUCGUGAGCCCAUUCUUCCCCGACGGGCACACUACAAGCGUAAGCAGCAGUUUCCAGCUUCGGUCGAUGCUUGCACCAUCAACAAGUGCCAUCUAUACCGUCCUGCGGUUGAAAAAAAUCCUACCCUCGAUGCGCAGGACAUACCUACCAUUACUAGGCAAUGCCCCACGGAGAGUUCGCAGAAGGGUGAUGCUGUUCCAACCGAUCCCCAACGUUUCGGAGCUAAUAGCUCUGCCGUGGGCUUUGCAUCGAGGCUAUUUGGGGACCAAAUUGAUUCUCCCAGUGAUCAAUUUACAAGUAUUCCAGGACAUAUUCCUGAUUCAACGAUAAAUGAAACUGGAUGGACUUUGCAAAGUUUACAACGGCUUCCUCCAUUAGCUGUGCUGACUGUCCUUUUUGAUGCUUAUUUUGAUCAAGUGCAUUGGUUCAUUUUUAUUUUUUACGAAGCUUCGUUUCGCCAGAACUCGUUGGAAAUACUGUCCAGAGUCGCAUGGAACAAAACACAUGUGGGAAAAAUCCAAGUGGCCUUGAUGGUCGCAGCCGUUGGUCUAUACAGUGUCAAAGACGAUGUUAGCUGGCCCGGACAUCAGAUCUUGAGCGCUGCUUCUAUCGACCCUGAAGAUCUUCUCAACAAUUUGAUCAACGAGGCACGGAGCAGCUUUAUAGAUCUUCUUGAUGAGUGUAGUAUUGAAACCGUGCAAGUAUGCAUACUCCUCGGAACGUACUACAUCUACAACGGAUCACCAACCCUUGCUUGGAGCAUUAUAGGACAGGCAGUGAGAACCGCAUACGCCCUGACACUAUACUGUGAUAAUUUGAAUGAAGGUAACAUUGUUGUUACACAAAUUCGACAUCGCCUUUGGGCUCACGUACUCGUUGCCGACACUUUUGCUGCCAUGGUAUACGGUCGACCCUUUUCCCUGGAUCCGGCAUUUUCUCAAUUACUACCGUUACGCGAGCUGGAUGAUACUAAAAUUCCUGUCUCUUUUAGAGAUCACCCAUGCUUCAAUGGCCGUCGAAUGCCAUUGACAAAAUUAUCAUUUGCCAGGCUCAAACACCGCCUUUAUGAUUUGAUACGCCUUGCUCUGAACAAAUUUCGCUUGCUUUUCUCACAAACUACAGUACCUUUGGAAAGUGCAUCCUCGUUGAUCUGCUUUGUCAAGGAAGCCAACUUGUCACUGGAAACCUGGCGUGCGGACCUGCCUCCUCUCUUUGACUGGGAGCUUUGGCCGGAAAACGGUCCUGCUGCGAUGCUACCCAGCGAAAUAACAUUAUCAGAAUCGGGACGAAAAACUCGAAGGCAUCUUAUUCUGCAGGCGAUAACCCUUCAAAUAUCCUACGAUUGCGCGGUGAUUUUCAUCAACCGGCCAAUCCUCGAGUAUCGGUCUCAUAUCGAAUCUCAUCCUGAAUUGUCGUCGUCUUCAUCGCAGGCUGUUGCGCAAUCUUUUCACGCAGCGGCAAAUGCAGCAAUUCGCAUUUCAAAGACCCCAGUGGCUGCUACUGCGAAAGGAUUCAAUGCCUGUUUCCUUCUCAUGAAUUACUUUACGGCUGGUGUGAUUCUUUGCGUCAUUCCUACAAUUAUACCUUAUUCCCCUCUCUCAAAUGAAGCCAAAAAUGCGCUUCUACGAAUUAUACAUUCCAGCCGAGUGCUCAGGAGGUCCAAUAAGAUUGCGAAACACACAGAGGAGCUUCUUUCAACUUUGAUGCGGCUCAGCCUGCAACAGGAGAUGGAAAAUGCACUUCGCCAUGACAAUGGCGUCGUCCAGAGAAAAUCAGCCGCGGAGAUCUCAAUGCCUUCCUAUGGGGCGCAGUCUUGCCAACCUCCCCGGCCGGAAUACUAUCCUGAGCUCAUCUCAUCCAUCUCCCAAAGGCCUGGCACGAGCAACGUUCUGGAAGAUGGAAAAGUAGCUGAGCAAAAUAGCUUUCAAGCUGUGGCAUUGGAAAACCCAUUACCUGGCUACAACGAAGAGAACGAAUCUUUUGACAACCAUCUGGACGAUAUCCUUGGGACUUUUGGUCAAGGUGAGCUAUCCUCACAUGUGACGAUAACUAUUGGCGGCUGA